UGGGUCAUGUAACUGUAAGUCUGUAACAAUAACAACGACUUAUACUAAAUUUUGAAUCGCAAAUCAUCAUUACCAUCAAAUUUGGGAUUUGUUUUUCCACUACCCAAUUAACAACAAGGAACUAACUACGAAACAGAGCAUCUAGACGCAAUUUCUGACCCGCAACAAAAGGAAAGGGUAUUUAUACAUUCAUUCAUUCAUUCACCAAAAAUACACUUCAUUAACAACACUAAAUUAAUUACCACAAUAAUACAAAUUGAUUAAGAACCAAAUAAUACCGUAUCUGUAUUUGUAUUUGUAUGAUUAAAAUUAAUGUCUACAUUCUCCGAAUCCAACUCCGAUGGCGGUGUUUCUCAGCGAGUCAACAGUCCACGUUUCUCCGGUCCGAUGACUCGUCGAGCACACUCUUUCAAACGCAACAACACUCAUGCCGGCGCAACCAAUAACGCCGCCGUAAGUGGCGGUUCUCUUAGUACUCAUAAUGAAGUUGAGCUUCAAAUCAACUCUCCUAGAUCGGAAGAUGGAUUAGAAUCUGUUUCGGAAAGGAAACAUGGUCAUCAUCAUAUUCAUAAUAAUCAUCUUCAUCAUCAUGUUUCUCAGAGAGUUCAUGGUGGUGUUGUCAAAGGUUUUCUUAAGAGACCGCUUGAAUCUAUUGGUGUUGUUGAUUUGGGGUUUAGAGAGAAGAAAAAGAUUGGACAUUGGAUGUUUUUGGUUUUUUGUGGUGUUUGUUUGUUUAUGGGUGUUCUUAAGAUUUGUGCUACUGGUUGGCUUGGAUCUGCCAUUGAAAAAGCUCAAUCUUAUCAGGAACUAUCUGACUCCAAUGGUAUUGAUAAUCUAAUGGACAAAAGAUCCCUUGGUUAUGAAUAUAGGAGUCGAGAAGGAGAUGUCGAACGGACUCUAAAGACGGUAGAAACAGGAGUAGGUGGCAGCCACACUGCUAAAGAAUCAGAAGUCUGGUCUAAACCCAACAGUGAAAAUUUCACCCAAUGUAUAGAUCUGUCUAAAAAUCAUAAAAAGCUGGAUGCAAAGAUCAACGGAUAUAUUCUUGUAAAUGCUAACGGUGGCCUGAAUCAGAUGAGAUUUGGGAUAUGUGAUAUGGUUGCUGUUGCUAAGAUUAUGAAGGCAACACUUGUUCUUCCUUCUCUUGACCAUACCUCGUACUGGGCUGAUCAGAGUGGCUUUAAGGAUUUGUUUGACUGGAAGCAUUUUAUUGAUACAUUGAAGGAUGAUGUCCACAUAGUAGAGACAUUACCACCUGCCUUUGCCGGAAUUCACCCUUUCUCAAAAACUCCAAUAUCUUGGUCUAAGGUUCCUUAUUACAAGACCGAAGUUCUUCCCCUCCUAAAUCAACACAAAGUUAUCUAUUUCACACAUACCGAUUCACGGCUUGCUAACAACGGCAUUCCAAAAUCCAUACAGAAACUAAGAUGCCGUGUAAAUUACAGAGCAUUGAGAUAUUCAGCUCCAAUUGAAGAAUUUGGAAACAAAUUGGUAUCUAGAAUGCAGCAGAAUGGAAAUCCUUAUCUUGCCCUUCAUUUAAGAUAUGAGAAGGAUAUGCUUUCAUUUACCGGCUGCAGCCACAAUUUGACUGCAAAAGAAGAUGAAGAACUGAGACGGAUGCGAUAUGAAGUCGGUCACUGGAAGGAAAAAGAGAUUAAUGGGACUGAAAGGAGAUUGCUUGGAGGUUGUCCGUUAACUCCAAGGGAAACUUCCUUAUUACUUAAAGCACUUGGUUUUCCAUCACACACCAGGAUUUACCUCGUAGCAGGAGAAGCAUAUGGAGAAGGAAGUAUGAAAUAUCUCGAGGAUGAUUUCCCCAACAUUUUCUCUCAUUCCACUCUGUCUUCUGAAGAAGAGCUGAGUGAUUUCAAGAAUCAUCAAAACAUGUUGGCAGGUAUUGACUAUGUUGUUGCCCUUCAGAGUGACGUAUUUCUUUACACUUACGAUGGAAAUAUGGCGAAGGCUGUUCAAGGUCAUAGGCGCUUUGAAAACUUCAAGAAGACGAUCAAUCCAGACAAGAUGAAUUUUGUCAAACUUGUCGAUCAAUUGGAUGAAGGAAACAUUUCUUGGAAAAAGUUUAGCUCCAAGGUAAAAAAACUUCAUAGAGACCGUGAUGGUGCUCCAUAUCUAAGAGAGUCGGGAGAAUUUCCAAAGCAGGAGGAAAGCUUUUAUGCAAAUCCUCUACCAGGAUGUAUUUGUGAAACAAGAAAGGAGUAGAUACUCGGUCUCGGUUCAUAGCUCUCUUUCUUAUGAUGGUCUUAUAAGAGCUGCAAUCAUAUCACAUUGUGGCCGAGGGAUGAUAUUUUUUCAAUAAUUCUUUAUUCAGGAGAUGGCAAUGUGAUGAUUGUCCAAAAGCUAGAUUAUAUCUGGUGAGGUGCCAUUGCUAUAUAUUGCCUGGAUGUUAGGAUAUAAGAUUGCAGGUGGUGGUGAUUUGUUAAGAUUAAGAAACUAAACUACCCAGAUGCAGUUUUAAAGCAAGGAUCAAGUUUGGACUGGCCAAAGUAUACUACUGUCAAUACACGCAAUAGAUACUAAACAUCAUACCUUAAUAUUAAGCAAACCUCAUUCUAACCACACUUUUGAAUUAAUUUUUUUUGCCUUAAUUAUUUUAUUUGAUACUUGUAUUAUAAUGAAAAAGGGGUGGGACUGAACUAGCUGUAUUCUUAUUGCACCAUGUAAUAUUUGAAAAGGAUUAUAUCUAGCUUCUGUGCAUCUGCAAUUCUUUUCUUUUGAUAAAUUAUGCAUCUGUAAUUCUUUUGA